AUGCAGAAGAGGGAGGCGGCAGCGGCGGAGGACGACGCGCCGACGGUGAAGAAGACGAAGCUGUUGCUGGGGCUGAAGGAUGAGGUGAUCAAGCUCAAGCUGACGGUGAGCGAGGAGCAGGCCGAACGCGAAAAGAUCAGCGAAUGGCUCAAGACCACCCUCCGCCCCUCGCUCCAGCGCAUGAACACCAACGUCUCCUCCAAGUUUGAGGAGCUCGAGGCCGAACUCGCCCAGGAGGUCGCCAAUCGCUCCAAAAUCAACGAAUGGCUCAAGGUGAAGCUGGGUCCUGAGCUGGAGGAGGUCGAGCUGCUGGUGGUGAAGAAGCUGCUGGUGGAGCGCGAGCAGUGGGAGCGCGAGAAGCGGGACCAGCAGCGGGAGGAGCUCGCCCAGCUGGAGCGCACGUGGACCAAGAAGUUCGAUGACGAGCGCGACAAGCUCCGCGAGACCAUCGCCGCCUCCGUCUCGGCCGCCUCCGCCUCCGUCGCCGCCGCCGCCGCCACCGGCAACAGCGCCACCACCAGCGGCAAGGUGGUCAAGGAGGGGCUGGGCCGCGACGAGGUGGAGGACAUUGUGCGCCGCAAGGUGGCCGACGUGCGGUACGAGGCCCUGCAGGAGUCGCUCAAGCGCGAGGAGGAGGUCAAGCGCGGCCUCGAGGAGCGCUGGCGGAAGGACCUCGUGGCCAAGGACGACGAGUGGCGCCGCCGGCAGGACGAGUGGGAGCGGCGCGUCGAGGAGGAGCGCCGGCGGUGGCAGGAGAUGACCCACGCCCUCCUCCAGCAGCAGGUCCAGGCCGCCGCGGCCGUCGCCCCAGCGGCUGCGCCUGCCGUCGUGUCGGCCACGCCCGUCAAGGCGGCUGGCAGGGCCGGCGAGGUGGGAGAGUGGCUGCGCAGCUGCGGGUGCGAGCGCUACGCCGAUGACUUUGUGGUCAACGGCUACGACUCGCUCCUGGUGGUCCAGCAGCUGGAUUCGGCCGAUCUCGACACCAUCGGCGUCACGCUCCCCGGUCACCGGAAGGUGCUUCUCGCGGCUGUGUCCAAGCUGAGCGGACACUCGGUCGCGCCCACCGCAUCAUCGGCGCCCAACGGUUCCGCGGUCGCGGCGUCGUCGACGCCGGUCAAGUCCCCGCAGCGUGCCAGGCGCACCGAGGACAAGGGCGACAUCUUCGCCGAGAAGAGCCCCGCUUCCCCGGCUUCGACUUCGGCGACCUCGCCCAGCCGCAAGUCGGUCGACGCCCCGACUGCUGCCGCUGCGGUCACCCCGCCCGCGGCCUCUUCGCCGGCGCCCAAGGAGGACUCGUCGUCGUUCUCGAUCUUCUCGCCGCUGAAGAGCCUGCUGGGCAUCAGCGAAGAGGAGGAGCGCGCCAAGGAGCUCGAACGCAAGCGCCGGGAGGAGGCCGCGGCGAGGGCGCGCGGUCGAGGCCGUGGCGGCCGUCGCCCUGCCACCACCACGCCCACGCCCGCUCCCGCUGGAUCCCAGGCCACGAGCCGCGACGCGGAAGCCGCCCAGAAGGCCAAGGCCGAGGCCGAGUCCGAGGCGGCCCGCAAGCGCGAAGCCGAGGCGAAGGAGCGCGAGGAGCGCGAGAAGUGGAUCGCCGAGGACAAGGCCCGCGACGAGCGGGAGAGGCGUGAGCGCGAGGAGCGCGACAGGAUCGAGCGCGAGGAGAGGGAGAAGCGCGAGCGCGAGGAGCGCGACAGGAUCGAGCGCGAGGAACGCGAGAAGCGCGAGCGGGAGGACAAGGAGAGGCGCGAGCGCGAGGAGAGGGAGAGGGAGGAGAGGGAGAAGCGCGAGAGGCUGGCCAGCGAGGAGCGGGAGAGGCGGGCGCGCGAGGAGGACGAACUGCGCGCGAGGCAGGACAGAGAGAAGGAGGAGAGGGAGCGGAAGGAGAAGGAGCACCGGGAGCGCUUCGAGAGGGAGCGACGGGAGCAGCGGGAGAAGGAGCAGCGCAAGCGCGAGGAACGCGAGAGGCGCGAGCAGGAGGAGCGCGACGAGGCCGAACGCGAGCAGCGGAAGGCCCGCGAGGCGCAGGAGCAGGAGGAGCGCGACUACCAGCUCCUCAAGGCCCGCUUCGAAGAGGAGGAGCGCGAGAGGCUCGAAGAGGAGGCCCGCCAGAAGGAGCGCGAGGAAACCGAAAAGCCGCCGGCCGCCGCUGCUGCGGCGCCAGCAGGCGGAAGGGGAAGGGGCAGAGGAGGCCGUGGCCCGCUGCCGCAGGUGCGCGGACGCGGCAGAGGCGGCCAACGCCAGGCGAGAGCGACCCACGACGAUCAGCAGCAGCAGCGAGAGAAGGAAGAGCGCGAGCGCAAGGAGAAGGAGAAGCGCGAGGCCGAGGAGAGGCAGAGGAAGGAGCAGCAGCAGCAGCAAGAGGAGGAGCGGAAGCGCAAGGAGGCCGAGGCGAGGCAGAGACAGCAGCGGGAGGCGAAGGAGCGCGCGGACCGCGAGGAGCGGGAGAGGAAGGAGCGCGAGGAGAGGGAGCGCAAGAAGAAAAAGGAGGAAGAAGAGGCCGCCAAGCAAAAGGCCGCGCAACAAGAGACCAAGGCGCGAGACAGCGUGGGCAAGCUCAACCUGCACCGCUUCGCGUUCCUCGACGCCGAAUCGCCCGACGAGCUCUUCGCCGAGGUCGCGCCGCCCAAGGAGGAGGCCAGCGAGUCCGGCGCCAAGAGCCGACGGCAGGCGAGGCCCGCCAGCAGCGCCGGCGCCGCUCCGAUCGCGACAGCCAAGGACGAGGCGCCGGCGGCCGCCAAGGCCGAUCGCGGCAAGCUGAGCCAGGAGCGAUUCGCGUUCCUCGGCGGCGAGGCCGAGAAGGAGGCCGACGCCGGCGAGUCCGUCGUCGGCGAGACCGCGGGGUCGAAGGGCAUUCUCAAGGAGCGGCCCCGAAGCCAGUCCGGCGGCAAGCGCGUCUCCUUCUACGCCGGUGACAAGGGCGGCGAUGAUGGUGGUGGUGACGACGACGAGGAGGAGGACGAGGCGGCGGCGGCGGUGAAGCAGGUAGAGAAGCAGAAGAGGGAGGAGGAGGAGAGGAGGGAGCGCGAGAUGAAGGAGAAGCAGGAGAAGGAGCGGAGGGACAAGGAGCGACGUGACAAGCUGCGCGAGGAGCGGGUGGCCAAGGCCACCGGCGGCGAGGGCGUCGGCUCGGUCGCCGGCGAGAAGAAGGGCGGGAGCGUGCGCAUCAACAAUGAGAAGUGCGCAGCGUGCUCCAAGACCGUCUACUUCAGCGAGCGUCUGUCGGCCGAAGGCGUCAUCUUCCACGUCGCGUGCUUCAGGUGCAAUCAUUGUAACGGUAAGCUGAAGCUGGGCAGCUAUGCCUCCCUUGAGGGCAAGUACUUCUGCAAGCCGCACUUCAAGCAGCUGUUCAAGGCCAAGGGCAACUACUCGGAGGGCUUCGGCAAGGAGAAGCCCACGGCCAAGUGGCUCUCGCGCUCGACCUCGGAGAAGAGCCUGGACCGCGGCUCGUACGCGUUCGACGAUGAAGAUGACGAGCGAGCAGAGGAGCAGAAGAGGGACGCCCAGCCGGAGGCCAAGCCCGUCGCGCAGCCGAGAAAGCCCGCGCAGUCGGCCCAGACCGAGCCCGCGCAGCCCAAGCCACAACAGCAGACUGGCGGCGGUAAGCCGCCGGUGAAGAAGAGCGUGCUGGCGCGCUACGCGCACGUCACCGGCGCUGCCGAGGGCGAAGGCAACGCCAACGGCGACGAAGCGCCCAAGAAGGCCGGUCCCGCUGCUGCAUCGGGUCCGAGCGACUACAGCGUGGACGAGGAGGUGUCGAAGCUGUGCGACAUCGCCGAGCGGCUGGUGGGCGGGCCGCGUGGCCUGUUCAAGUUCCGGGACAUUUUCUACGACGACGAGGCCGAGUCCGCCUUCGAGUCGCUCGUGGGCACCCUCCUCGCCGCCCGCAAGCGCAAGAUCCUCGUCUUCGACUCGCCCAUGCUGCUCCAGGGCGUGCACGACGACCUCGAUAUCGUCUUCACCGGCCGACCUGGUGGUCACUGA